ACUCAGUCUGGCAUUGUUAUUCGUCUGCCAUCUUGCUCCACCCCCUCAAUUGUCUUUUAAAAUAUAAGUGUUAGUGAGACAGCAUUCAAGAUGGGCCCUACAAAAACAUCACUCCUUCGCUCAAUUGGGAUGUGCCCCCCUGAGUAGGGGAGAAAGAGUUGAGGAAGAGGCAGCCUGGGAACUUGAGCAGUGCCCUGUGUGCUCCUGGGAGUGAGGAGUGUGUGUCUGACCUGCCAGUGGGGAAGGGACAGCCAAAAUUUCAAAAUUUAAAUGACCUAUGUAGUCACCAAGUGAUUUAGAAUAUAACAGGGUUAUUCUGUUCAUAUUAUCACAUUGGUGAUAUUGGCCAGAAUGUUUUCUCAGCCAUGAACCCCCAUUUUUGUUUUCAUUUUUGCUUUUUGUCGGAUAGUCCUAGAGGUUUUUUAUUCUAUGUAUGUACUUAAAAGUGGGAGAGGUUUUAGACCUCUUCAAAAUCUUUUUUAGAAAAUAGAUAUCCAAGCUGAGGUCCAAUAUUAUGUCCAUUACCUUGUGGGUUUGCCCUCCACAGCAAGCCCUUUCCUGGCAGUAUCUAUGGGCAGCUCUAGUAACAAGGCAGGUCCUCAGAAGCCAGGGUAUGUGAGUGGAGCAAGAAGAGAGUGGAGCAUGAAAUAAGAUCCUGAGAGGUGAGAACAUGGUGGAAUGGAUGCAGACAGGAAAAUGGGUUGCCUGAGUGAGAUCUACCCCAGCAGGGGAGUAGCACAGGAAUGCUUUUUUCUCAGGACAGCAGAAGAACCUGGACCAGGCCAACUGCCAGAGAGUACUGAGAGAGCCCUGGACUGGAUCAAGCAGUUGCAAGGCCAACAUGGCGUACCAGAAGGAGAAGGAGAUGGUGACAUUCCAGAAUGUGGCAGUAGAAUUCUCUCCAGAGGAGUGGGCAUGCCUUGACUAUGCUCAGCGGAAUUUUUAUAGGGAUGUGAUGUUAGAGAACUACAGAAACCUGGUCUCCCUUGGUCUUGCUGUCUCAAAGCCAGAGCUGAUUGCAUGUCUGGAGCAAAGGAUAGAGCCCUGGAUUAUGAAGAAAGAGGAAACAACAGUUAAAUAUCCAGAAUUGUCUUCAAAUUGCACCAAAGACCUAUUGGUAGAGCAGGGCAUAAAAGAUCCAUUUCAGAAAUCAAUAAUGAGACUAUGUGGAAGCUGUGGCCUUGAAAAUAUACACUUAAAUAGAGAUUGGGAGUGUGUGGUUCAGUGUAAGAAGCAUAAAGUAUGUUCUGAUAGUCUUACCCAAUGUUUGUCUACUUGCCAUAGAAAAAUCUUUAAAUGCUAUAAAUGUAUAAAAGUCUUUAGCAAAUCAUCAAACCUAAAUAGACACAAGACAAGACAUACUGGAGAUAAAACUUUCAAACUUACUGAAUGUGGCAAAAUUUUUAAUCACAGCUCUAAUGUACCUGGACAUAGGAAAUGUCAUACCAGAGAGAAACCCUACAAAUGUGAAGAAUGUGGCAAAGCCUUUACCCAUUGCACACACCUUACACGACAUAAAAUAAUUCAUACUGGUGAGAAACCCUACAGAUGUGAAGAAUGUGGCAAAGCCUUUACCUGGUGUACAAACCUUACUCUACAUAAAAGAAUUCACAUGGGAGAGAAACCAUACCAAUGUGAAGAAUGUGGAAAAGCCUUUACCCAGUGCAUACACCUUACUCAACAUAAAAUAAUUCAUACAGGAGAGAAACCCUACAAAUGUGAAGAAUGUGGCAAAACCUUUACUAGGUGCACACACCUUACUCAUCAUAAAAGAAUUCAUAGUGGAGAGAAACCCUACAAAUGUGAAGAAUGUGGCAAAGCCUUUACCAGGUGCACACAGCUUACUGAACAUAAAAGAAUCCAUACUGGUCAGAAACCCUACAAAUGUGAAGAAUGUGGCAAAGCCUUUGCCUGGUGUACAAACCUUACUCUACAUAAAAGAAUUCAUACUGGAGAUAAACCCUACAAAUGUGAAGAAUGUGGCAAAGCCUUUACCCGGUGCACACACCUUACUCAACAUAAAAGAAUUCAUACUGGAGAGAAACCCUACAAAUGUGAAGAAUGUGGCAAAGCCUUUAGUAAAUCAUCAAAUCUAAAUAGACACAAGAAAAGACAUACUGGAGAAAAAAGAUUCAAACUUAAUGAAUGUGCCAAAAUUUUUAAUCACAGCUCUAAUAAACCAUACAAAUGUAAAGAAUGUGGCAAAGCAUUUACCCAGUGCACAAACCUUAUUCGACAUAAAAGAAUUCAUACUGGAGAGAAACCCUACAAAUGUGAAGAAUGUGGCAAAGCCUUUACCCGGUGCACACACCUUACUCGACAUAAAAGAAUUCAUACAGGAGAGAGAUCCCACAAAUGUGAGGAAUGUGGCAAAGCCUUUACACAAUCCUCAACCCUUACUCAACAUAAAAGAAUUCAUACUGGAGAGAAACCCUAA